AUGGGCACACGCAAAAAGGGCUUGGAAUUUGCUAAGCAUAUAUCUGAGAUUAUAGCCAAAGCGACAGGAUUUGAGCGGCACUUGGAAAAGGUAAAAAUAUUGGAUGGCGGCGAUGGAAUUUGCAAAGCCGAAUUUACAGUUGCUCCAGAGCAUAUUAACAAAGCUGGAGGAUUGCACGGCGGCUAUACGGCCACUUUAGUGGAUAUGAUAACGACCUAUGCACUAAUGUCGAAACCCUGCCAUCCCGGCGUCUCGGUAGACAUUAAUGUUAGCUACCUGAAAACGGCUCGUGUGGGCGAUGAGGUGCUCAUCGAGGCAAACUUAGUGCGGGCUGGUAAAAUGCUCGCCUUCAUCGACUGCCAGCUGCGGCACAAAAAGGACAACUCAGUGAUAGCCAAGGGAACGCACACCAAAUACGUGAACUUUCAGUAGAUAAUUUGUGCUAAGUUUUGAUACUGUGCUUUAUUGUUUACACGUGUAGCAGUAAAUAUUUAGUUAAUUUGUUUAAUUAA